AUGCCAGAUAAUACCCAAGAUGAAGCUCCUGCCACUGGAGGCAGAAGAUCGUCUAGACCGAUGCCAUUGCCAGGCUCUCGAGGAGCCCCUAACUUUGACAAGGAAAAACCCAUUGAAAUGUUGAGAUUCAUUGACCAAAUGGAGGACUUGUUCAAAGAGCAUGGUAUCGAUGAUGAUCAAGAAAAGAAGAAACAGUUAGGAAGGUAUACGGACCAGAUGACGGAAUUUGAAUGGCAAGCAUUUGACACGUUUGCUCCCGAAAUUGAAUACAAGGAGUUUAAACAGGCGUUGAUCGAUGACUAUCCAGAGGCAAAGAAUGCUGGAAAAGGAACACUAGCAAAUUUGAGAAAAAUUUGUAAUGACCAUCAGCGCAUUGAUAUUGAUGACAUUGUUGCACUUAAAAGCCUCACUAGAGGUUUCCGGGCAGAACAAAAAUUACUCUUGGUGCCACCUGCCUUGGACGUGCACAAGGGAUUAGCUCUUCAAGUGAUAACCGGUGUUAAGCUAGAAGAUGAUAUCCGAGAAUUAAACCAGAAAGUGGCGUUACUCAUGGAUAAAAUUACAUCGAGUGAAAAAGCACAGAUGAGCGCUUUCCAAGCGUCUAGACAAGAAAUGAACAAAUUAACUGAGAUGUUAAUGACCCAGCAUGUUACCUCGGCACCCACCAUGAGGCAGACACAGCCUACUUGGAGAAUGGGUUCAGAUGGAUGCUGGUACUGUGAAGAAACGGGGCAUUUCGCAAUGAAUUGUCCUCAUAGGGAAGAACAUAUUAGAACGGGAAAAAUUAAAAUGUCCGGUCAUAAGAUGUUUUUCGCGCUCACAGGACAACCAGUACCUAGAGGGACAAAUGGGAAGUCUGCUAAAAUGAUUGUUGAGGAAGCUAGCAAUAAAGAUAUGAUGGCGCAAAGCAAUAUGUUUGCAUCGCCUGGAGAAAUUUACACACAGAACAGCGGAGAGCCAGGUAUCAUCCAGUUGGGAAUAGAUGCUCGAGUUAAAUCAGUAUACACCAACCAGAUUAGAGAUUCGAGAGAUGAUCUUUUAGAUAAAAUGGCUACUCGAAUUGAUACGCUGUUGGGUAAUAAAGUGCCGGCACAGGUGGCACGUCCAUCGGCACAAGAAGUUGACAUAGUUAACAAUAUGAAAAACAUUCUGUCAUAUUUUGAGGAACAGCAAGGUCAAGGUCAAGAAGCUGCAAGUUAUGUAGCUACUAGACGCAGUCAAGCUGAUACUCAGGGACAGCAGGGUUUCUCGUAG